GGCAGAGCCGAGCUGAAGCCUGAAGAGCUCCAGAUGGACAUUUGCAGACACCUUGCCAAAGAAAAUGCAGAACUGCUGGAGAACUUGUAUAGCACAACCAUCGCGUCCUUCAGUAGCAGCUGGGAAGGGAUCCGGGCAGGUGCCGCCAACUUAGCUGGCAUCAUCCUGGAACACACAGACACUCAGCGUAUGAAAUGGCUGGACCUGGAACAUCUGCUGAUGUCUCUCCGGGUCCUAGAGAAAGACCCAAGUCCCACUGUCCAGCUGGUGGCAACUGAGCUCAUAAGUGACAUCUGUCCUGGCCGAGCGCUUGGCGAAUGAAGCAGAACGGAGACAAACAGAACAAGGCGCUCCAGUGGAACUCCUCUCACCACCCUUUACCAGUUGCGAUGGGUUUCAGCUGCAGAGGACUGCCCCAAGAGGAGAGAUGACCAAACAAAGUAGGUUCUCGGAAGGGGUGAACCUCCCAGAAGAGGGUUGUGUGACCCCUCUAAGAACUCCUUCCAAUGCCCUCUGCCAGUCAGAGUGCAGCACAUCACCUCAUAAGUCCCAGCGCUGGGCAGAGGAGGCCAUCUCUUACCAAGAA